AGGUGGGCAUUGAGCUAGAGCCACAAACACAAACACAAACCCAAGAAAGUUUGGUGCCAAAAUUUGGGAAGAGUGGGUAGGUAGUAUUAUCAAUUGGCUCCAAUUUUGCUAACAAAUUCAUCAUCUACGUCGUCAUCUACUAGUCUUCCGUCAAUUACUUCAAUACUCUAUUUAUUACAGGUCGUUGACAACUCAACCUACUUCACUCUUUUUAUCAUUUCCUCUUUUUUUUUUUAACAAAAGGAUUCCGCUUUCUCAAACAACCAACUUUCUUAGAACUACCCUUAGAUUGUUUUUUCUGCAAGAAGGUUUACAGUUGAGUAAUUAUCAAAGAUGGCACAAGUUGCAAACUCAAAUGAACCAGUUGUUAUUGGAGAGGAAGCAGGGAAUGUGAGAUUGAUCACACUAAAUCGGCCUCGCCAUCUCAACGUGAUCUCUUCAGAAACGGUGUCUCUGUUGGCUGGAUAUUUGGAGAACUGGGAAAAGGAUGACAAUGUCGAACUUAUAUUGAUCAAGGGAGAAGGCCGUGCAUUUUCAGCUGGAGGGGAUUUGCGGGUGUUCUAUGAGGGAAAGAAAUCAAAGGAUUCUUGCCUCGAAGUGGUUUACAGAAUGUAUUGGCUGUGCCAUCACAUCCACACCUACAAGAAAACUCAGGUUUCUCUUGUUAAUGGUAUCGCCAUGGGUGGAGGUGCGGCAUUGAUGGUUCCAAUGAAAUUUUCUGUAGUGACAGAAAAAACGGUUUUUGCUACUCCUGAAGCUGCUAUUGGGUUUCACACUGACUGUAGCUUCUCAUACAUACAUUCUCGGUUGCCUGGACACUUGGGCGAGUUCUUAGCUCUAACUGGUGCAAGGUUAAAUGGCCAGGAGUUGGUCGCAGCUGGACUGGCUACCCAUUAUGUGCCUUCAGAGAAAUUACCUGAGCUGGAGAAACAAUUGAUAAGCUUGAAUAAGGGUGACAAAGAUGCAGUCAAGUCGGUGAUUGAAGAGUUCUCUUCUGAGGUUCAGAUUGGCGCAGGCAGCGUUUUGAACAAGAAGUCAAUAAUUGAUGAAUGCUUUUCAAAGGAUUCAGUAGAAGAGAUUAUACAAUCAUUUGAAGCUGCGUCAUUAAAAGAAGGAAAUGGAUGGAUUGGCCCAGUUCUUAAAGGGUUGAAACGAUCAUCUCCUACUGGAUUGAAAAUCACAUUGAGAUCGGUACGUGAAGGAAGGAAACAAACUUUGGCCGAAUGCCUCAAAAGAGAGUUUAGACUAACAAUAAACAUUCUAAGAAGCUGUAUUUCAGGUGAUGUGUAUGAGGGCAUCAGAGCUCUCACCAUUGACAAGGAUAACUCUCCAAAGUGGGACCCACCAAGCCUGGAGAAAGUACAAGAUAAGGACUUGGACACAGUGUUCCAGCCAUAUGAAGCUCAUCUAGAACUUCAAAUUCCAGAAACCGAAGAAUGCAGGUGGGAUGGAAAGUAUGAGAAGUCAGUUUAUGCAACAUCAAAGUUCCAGAAGUAAAAAUAGAAGGGUUCCUCAGACUUUUUUUUUUUUUUGAGGGAAAGGGUUCCUCAGACUUUAGUGUAUGUGUUUUAACUGUUGUCGAAUAAUAUAGAUUUGUAUCAAGCAUUUUCCCAAGCAAUGGAAGUAUUUAUCAAAUAAACGUGUUCAAUGUGA